AUGUGGUUGAAUGUGGACUCCAACAGAGAUAGCCGGCGAACAUCAGAUAUUGCUUGCCAUGUGUGUCGCCGACGCAAGGUGAGGUGCGACCGUCAAUGGCCUCAAUGCUUAGUCUGCGUUGAGACAUCCCAGGAUUGCAGUUACCCUGAAGGGCCAUUGAAGCCAGGGCCAAAGCUCGGGUCUUUGAAGCGAUCUCGGAAACGACCCUUGCAGCGAUUUGAAGAUGAUGCAACGUCUUUCAAAUCGAAAAGUCUGAGAAAGAGACCGGAUUAUGGCAUUCUAGAUACGGAGCCUGCUAUAAUCGACGCCCAUUCCCAACAAAACGAUUCUGAAUUACAUGGCUCGGCUCCAGAAGCUGAUGACGAAGACAUUCCUGCGGAAAAGGACGGGUCUGAUCGGCCAGAUUCGCGUUCUAAUAUCCAAAAUCUCUCCUUCAUCUUGCACCCAGCCCAUGAGGCUACCUCUCCUGAUAAGGAACAGUUCUCAGAGCCCAAAAUAUCCAGGAACCUACAGGGUACGGAAAUUGAGAAAGCCUGUGCCGCUCUAGGAUUGACGGGAGCAUGUGUCUCCUCGAUGUUAAAAUCGUAUUUUGACAACAUGGUUGCGAUCAAUUUAUUCUGCGAGCCCCAGUUUUCCAAAAAGCUCCACGGCGCUGUGUCAUCCACGCACAUCUCCGCCUUACUUGCGGCAAUGUCAGCCUAUGCGGCACGGUUCAGCCCCGAGGAAAUUCGUGAGGAAUGGACUAGCAGCCCUGGGGAAAGCUGUAAGGGCCAGUCUCCAGUUGACUAUUUUUUAACACUCGCUUUCAAAUAUGUGAAUGAAGGAUUGAACGAAUGCGGUGACGAACCACCUUCUUUGUACAUUUUACAAGCACUCAUCAUCGCGACCCAUCUUCAACUCACACAAGGUGUCCGUGGAAAAGCUUGGAGGUCCCUCGGCACUUGUAUUCGAUUAGCCUAUGAGUUGGACCUGCACCUGAUCGACUCCGGUUGCGAAGACUUGGACGACUUUGGGGCGGAGGAUUGGUGCUGGAAAGAAGAAAAAAGACGGGCAUGGUGGGCCAUAUGGGAAAUGGAUGUCUUCGCUAGCACCAUUCGACGGACGCCUCCUGCAAUAGAUUGGUCACAAAUCGAGACACUUCUCCCGGUGGAGGACGAACAUUGGUUCGACCGCCGACCUCAACCCAGUUGCUUUAUGAAACGGGACCCGAUACUUCGAUGGAGGACACUCCAUGAGUCUGGCAACCAAUCUCCCAAAGCGUGGUUUUUGGUGGUUAAUUCCCUCAUGAAGGAGGCUCAAAUAAUCUCAAGUCCUCGAAGCAUUCCAAAUCGUAACCCUUCUCGACACCAGUCCAAACACACCGGGUCGACAGAUGGUACGGAAAGCACAACUGCAUUAUCUGAGGAAGCGAAUCAAAGGCUUGAAACCCUCGCAAACUCUGUUCAAUGUUUCAUUUUGGUUCUACCGAAGAGCCUACAAUAUCGCAACCAGUAUUUGAACUUUGAAGCCCGAGCUCCUGGCCAGGUGUCUUCAAUCAGACAGGAUCACUGUUCAAUAUAUAACAUUUACAUCAUGGUGCAAUUGGCAAAGCUAAUGAUACAUCGAUACGAUGUCUUUCGGGGUCUCAGCCCCGGGGUCAAAUGGGAGCAGGAGCCUGGAAAUCCGGAAUUACAAAAGCCAAAUAUCACCGGAUCAUACCCAAUCUCUGACACAAACAGCGUGGCGUUAGCGCAGUAUUUUGAAGCAGCAGACAAUAUUCUCGCAAUAAUCAAUCGAAGCACCGAGGAUCAUAUUCGAUAUAUAAAUCCAUUCUUAUCGAGCACUAUCUGGCUUGCAUCUGCCGUCCAGAUCUUUCGACAGGAGUUCGAGCAUGGUGAAACCAGACGCACAUUCAUAAAAUCCAAGUUUGAAGUCCUUUACAUGACCUACAAACAAAGCGUGUCUUGGUGGAACAUUCAUACGGCCCUUCAACAAAAUUUGGAAGCUUUCGAGGGCCAGCUUGAAAAUUAUCGCAAAUUAAAAGAUUCACCCAAGAGCCGUUGGUGCAUAAUACCGUCGAAUCCAAGUGCAGAUCAAUCCAGAAGACCGUCCGUCAACUCGAAUCCAAAUAACGCGCCGCAGAUUACUUUUUCGGCUCUUGAAACCCCGCCGCUAAGUGUAAUUAGUACCGAGCUCGAGAACGGUGACUACCAGCGCCAAAACUCACCUACUGGCAACUCCUCUUAUGUAUUCUCGUCCACCCAAGCCUCCCAGUCCAAACUUAACGACUUGCCAAUAAUUGAUGACAUGCAUCUUCCAUUCUCUGAAAGAUCGGAUCCUGAAAAACAAAGCUAUAGUCAAAUUGAUCUCAACCCAUCAUCCGGGUUUCUGGAUCCCAUACUCUCUGCAAGAUCAAAUCCAGAAUGUUUAUUUCCCCGAUAUUUGGCCAAUGAUGAAGCUUUUGGACAAGGCGUAUCAAUCGAUGUCACGAACAAUAUCUUUGAUUUACUAUCAGGGUAUUCUUUGUAUUGA